AUGAGGAAAAAAACGGCCGCGGUGUCCACAGUGAACACUGUCAGCGUAGCCUACUUUAAAGCGGACCCAGCUUUGUUUUUCGCACAGUUAGAGUCGGAGUGCGAACUGAGAGGAAUUACCUCUCAGAAAACAAAAUUUAAUUUAGCGGUCUCCAAGUUGCCUCUAGAAGCUGUCCAGGUGAGAGAAAUUAUUAUCUCUCCGCCGAAAGACAAGCCAUAUUACAAGUUAAAGGAGGAACUUGUUCGGAGGACGUCUGUGUCACGACAAAAGAAAUUGUCGCAGCUUUUGCAUGAGGAACAAUUGGGAGACAGCAAGCCGUCGCAAUUUUUACGUCGUUUACAACAUCUAGCCGGAGAAAGUAAUGAGGAUGGCAUUAUACGUCAUAUUUUUCUCCAGCGUUUUCCCCCUGUGUAUCACGCUGUUUUAGCCGCGGUGGGUGAAGAUGCACCCGUCGAAAAGCUGGCUGAAAUAGCAGAUAAUGUAGCUGACCUAACUUCGGGAUGCACUGCUCCCGUUUCUGCCGUACAGACGCAAGAGCCAGAUCCGCUGGCUAGACUUUUGGAGGGACAACGAAGGUUAGAGGCUAGGAUGGAAGACUUAGAGAGACGGUUGCAGAAGGUUAGCAUUCACCGCUCCCAAAGGAAAAGCCUAGGCUGGCGACCGGAGGCGACCCGGUGCGCCGGCGUGGGAGAGGUUUGUCGCUUAAUAUUUGUUUCGGACCGCAUUACUGGUAUACGUUUUCUCGUGGACAGUGGUGCGCAAAUAUCUUUAAUUCCUGCCACUAGGGCAGACAAGUUAAAAGGACCUCACAAACUUACCUUGCAGGCCGUGAAUAAGUCGCUCAUCCAGACUUAUGGUCAGAGGUGCCUUACAUUGAAUUUGGGUCUGAGACGGGUUUUCACCCAUUUCUUUGUCCUUGCGGAUGUAGAGAAGGCCAUAUUGGGUGAAGAUUUUUUACACAAAUUUGGUCUUCUCAUUGAUGUACACAGACGUUGUCUGACAGACCCUAAGCCAAAUACUCAAUCGCCGGGAGCCAUUCAUAAUGUAAUUCCAUUAUGUCCUACUGUGGCUAACACAGAAGAUAACCUUAUGUUCUGUGAACUUUUACAAAAGUUUGAGAGUAUUACUAAACCGGCUUUUCAUAAAGAUAGUUUACCCCACAAUAUAACACACCACAUUUCUACUAGCGGCCCUGUUCACAGCCGUCCUCGUCGUCUGGCACCGGAAAAAUUGAGUUUAGCGAAAGCGGAAUUUACCCAAAUGAUGGAACUUGGUAUUAUCCGGCCAUCAAAGAGUAACUGGGCAUCUCCUUUACACCUGGUACCCAAAAGUGGUGGUACCUGGCGAGCUUGUGGGGAUUAUAAGGCACUCAACUCUGCCACUAAACCUGACCGUUAUCCCAUUCCUCAUAUACAUGACGUAACGGCCAUCAUUCAGGAUAGCACCGGACGAUUGCGCCUCUUCGUGUCUGAGUCAAUGCGGAAGACGUUAUUCUCCUCCAUGCACAAUUUGUCCCACCCAGGAGCUAAUGCCUCAAUAUGGCUAAUCACAGACAGAUUUGUUUGGCCACGCAUGAAAACUGACAUUCGACAAUGGUCAAAGACUUGUGUGCCAUGCCAGAGGGCCAAAGUCAGGAGACAUACCCGUUCACCUCCUGGAUCCUUUCCAUCACCCGACGAGCGGUUUGCACAUGUUCACGUGAACAUCACAGGACCACUCCCUUCAUGUGAGGGAAAGACAUAUCUAUUGACAUGUGUUGAUCGUUUAUCCCGUUGGUGUGAGGCUCUUCCCAUGUCGGACAUUACGGCACAUACUACGGCAAAGACUUUUGUUUCAGGAUGGGUUUCCCCGCCUUGCUGCUGGUUUCACUUGGCGAAAAGCGACACGAAAAAGAAGACGCCAUUUUUUUUGCUCCGUUGUCUUUUGAGGAAAAAACGAAACAGUUUCAGUGAAUCAGAACGGAAUCAAUUAUUGAUUUUUAUCCUGGGAAGAAAUUUUUCAAAAUGGCAUCCAGUAUGA